CAGCAUUUUGGGCAGCCAGUCUGAGUCAGACACGCCAACAAGACGAGUCAAGAUGGCUGCCAUGCGCCUCCUGCUGCUGUGCGUCGCCUUAAUUUGCCUCUCAGACUUGACAAGUGCAGCAGACCUCCCACCACAGCCCAACUGUCAGGACCUCAGGAAUGUUCGCUGCGAUAUUCUCCGCAGCCCCAUGUGUGGCAAUGAUGGCCGUACCUACAGCAACAUCUGCUCAUACUGUAGUAUGAAACGAAAUUCAAUUACUCCAAUGUAUGUUGUAAAAAAUGGAGCUUGCUGAAUCCAUAAUGGAACCCCUGGAUGUUUGCUGAUUUUCGCUUUGCUUUGCACUUUUCAAGCCCCCUUUGCCCCUCUGCUGACCCCUGCAUCCUUUAAAAUCUGAAAUAAAUAUUUCCUUGUAGCAUGAAA